GACUGAAUACUAUCGUAGUAUUAUUAUUAUUAAAAACAUGUAUUGUUUAUUUUUUUUUGUAAAUAUUUCUUAAAACGUUUUUUUGGUACAAAUUUCUAACAAAAAUAAAUAUCGUGUAUUCACCUAAAUAUGUGGUAAUAAGUGAUUUAAUAAUUUUGAUAUUAAAAUAUGGUACAUAUGUUAUUCAUAAGAAAAAAUGGUGCAAUAAUUUUCAACCAAGUCAAUUAUAUAAUUGAGUAAUGUUUUCUUUAUUGAAUUGUGAAAAAUGUUUUGUGCUCAAACGUUAUAAAGUUUUCUCGAUAUGCAUAGAAGAAUAUGAACUCUUCUGAUGCAGGCGAUAGCUUGCAGCCCACGUGGCGACUUUGGGGUGAAGAAAAAUCUGAUGGAGCUCUAUAUACCGUAUACUUGAAAAAAGUACGUUAUCAUAGACCCGCCCAAAGUGUGCUACGCUCGUCUACAUGUUCAGAUGAUACCCCAGAUGGUUCAGCGACAAAUGGCGGUGCGGGAGAUGAUGAAAUAUCUCAUUUAGAAUGGGAAACAGUACGGGUACGCUUUGUAAAAGCUGGUACGUUAAAGAAAUUAGUGGCCGCGUUGGCUACCGAUGAUGGUGAAUUGGAAAGCACGUAUGUGAAUGUAUUUUUAGCGACGUAUCGUAGUUUUAGUACGGCUAAACAAGUAUUAGAUUUGUUAUUGGAACGAUAUGAAGAAUUACUUAUCGAACCAGAAAAUGGGUAUUCGGAUACAAUUGAACAGCAUCGAAAGACCUUGGUAUCCGCUCUGCAUGUAUGGCUCGAUACAUACCCAGAAGAUUUUAGGGAUACAGCCAACCAUCAUCCAAUGUUACAGCAAAUAUUACAGUUCGCAAACAAACAUCUACCCGGAUCGGAAUUAGUUUCAAAAAUUCGCCAUCGUUUGGAUAAACUAACUCGUGCCACGUAUACAAACGAUAACAACGCCGCCCUUCUAUAUUGUAUCACUCCGCAAACGUUAGCACUACGUAAUGGACAUGCGCAUUGGCCAAUAUAUACGUUACCCGAUGUACCAGUACGACAUUUUGCUGAGCAGUUGACUCGUAUGGAUAUGGAAUUAUUUAAGAAAUUAGUACCACAUCAAUGUUUAGGGGCUGUAUGGUCACGUCGUGAUAAAAAUCGAUCACACGAAGCCGCAACAGUUGUGGCAACUGUUAAUCAAUUUAACGCUGUUUCAUUUCGGGUAAUUUCGUCAAUUUUAGUUGACCCUACCAUGAAGCUAGCGGAACGUGCUAGUGUUAUUGCAUGUUGGAUAGAUAUUGCCCAAGAAUUACGUGUUUUAAAAAAUUUUUCCUCACUUAAAGCGAUUAUUUCUGGGCUACAAAGUAAUCCAAUUUAUCGUUUACAAAAAACAUGGCAACAGUUAACCAAAGAAAAAAUUGAAUUAUUCGAUGAAUUAGCACGAAUUUUUAGCGAAGACAAUAAUCAAUGGGCGCAAAGGGAAUUACUUAUGCGUGAAGGUACUGCAAAAUUUGCGGACACCGUUGGUGAAAAUGAUAAGCAAUUACAAAAAAUUUUUCAAAAACAACAUAAUAAUAGUGCAAACAUAUCAUUUGGAACAAUUCCAUAUUUAGGAACAUUUUUAACGGAUUUAACGAUGAUCGACACCGCUAUACCAGAUACAGUGUGUGACGGUUUAAUAAAUUUUGAUAAACGGCGGAAAGAAUUCGAAGUGUUAGCUCAAAUUAAAUUAUUACAAGGUGCCGCAAAUGCGUAUCAUUUACCGGAUGAUCCAGCAUUUGAUCGAUGGUUCGAUUCAAUAUUGGUGUUAGACGAUCGGGAAGCUUAUCAAUUAAGUUGUCAAAUUGAACCAGCUCCAAGUGGACCAGCAAAUAAAAUCGAACAAUCGAAGAAAACUAAGAAAGCAGUUUCGGGGCAUAAGAAAAAUGAUUCGAUUGCAAGCACAUCAAGUUCGAAUAGUUCUCAAUUCUAUUGCGAUCUUGAUAGUACUCCAAGUAGUCCACAUAAUAGUUUAGAUCGUAAAUUAUCACCUUCGGAGCUAAGUGAUUCAAGCUCGAGUACGUCAUCAUUACCGUCAUUAGACAUUUCAUUAAAUAGUUCACAUUCCGGAAGUGUUGCUAUCAACAAACCAACGUUAAAUCAUCAUUUAAUGGCAACGACGGCAGGAAGUGGUACACUCAGUCCAACGAAUCAUUCACAAAAGAGUUCACCAGAUUUUUAUAUAAUUAAAGUGACUUAUGAAACGGAUAGUGUUGAAACGGAUGGUAUUGUUCUAUAUAAAAGUAUUAUGUUAAGUAAUAAUGAACGUACCCCACAAGUGAUUCGAAAUGCAAUGCUUAAAUUAUGUUUAGAUGGUAAUCCGGAUAAUUAUACGUUGGCGCAAGUAUUGCCGGAUAAAGAAAUGGUAUUGCCGUCAAACGCAAACGUGUACUACGCCGUAAAUACAGCAUUUAAUUUAAAUUUUAUUUUACGUCCAAAAAAAGAUAAUAAUAAAGUCGAUAAUGGAUCGACAUCGUCCAAAGGUAGUAAAAAUAAAAAAUAAAUAUCGAGUAGUUAUGUCCUCUUUUUCAACACAUAACACACGUCGUUUUUUAGAACAAAUAUUUUUUAAACUAUUUAUUUUUGUAAAAAAAAAAAUUACAACUUUUUAAAGUUUUACACAAACAAGACAACUUUUCGAGGGCGAAAUUUUUACCAAAAAAAAAUUUUUUAUUGUAUAUAAAUAUUUAGAAGGUGAAUUAAGACACUUUCUGGAUAUAAUAUAAAUUCCAAGCACAUUCCAUAAAAAUCGUAAUUUUAUUUUGUAUACAUUCGAUAAACGUUUUCGAACAAUUUUUUUAACUUAAAAAUAAAACAUCGUAAAAAUGAAAUUUCAUUUAGUAAUUUUAUCGUUGUAAUUUACUUCUACUACGCAUUCUAAUAAAUUGUCACUAUAAUUGAUUGAUUUCUUAAAAUUUAUACAAAUCAUCCAAUAAAAUAAUAAACUUUUCUUUCGAAAUUUGAGAUAGAAGGCUAAAUUUUUUAUCCUAGUUUGUAUCGAUACCAUUUGUCGCAUUCAAAAUAGGCUUCAUUGGACGCAACAUACUUUCACAUUUUAUCUGCCCUUUUGAAUACCUGUUAUAGGCGUUUUCAGCUCCUAUAACAGAUAUUAUAGCUGAGAAAUUAAAUUUAAAAAAUCUCUAUUAAACAUUAGAAAAUGCUAAAUAUUUCUAGAAAUUGAUUUUAAAUAUGAAGAUAUUUCGUGUUAUUAAUUCAAACGACUCAAAAUGGGUAACGCGAUGAAGUCAGGGGGGAGAAAAACUGUUGCAUACGUUGUUUCGGUCAUAAUAUUGUUGCUACGCAUAAAUUAUCGAUAAUGAAGGUUUAUUGCGGUUUAAAAGCUUUUCUAUUCGAUUUCUAAUAGAAAUUUAAGACGGAUAAGACUGAAAAAAUCGAAUGGCGACAAUAUUUCUUUCAUUGGCAUAAAAUUGUACAAAGAGUUUGUUAUUUCGAGAUUACAUUUAGAUUAUUUUGCGUGGUAUAACGCUAUUAGAUUUUAACUAAUAGCGUUAUACCCCGAAAGUGCAAAAAUCACAUUUUUACGACAAACUAUACUUUUUGAAUUUUUUAUG